CGUCGAUUUACUGUUAUGAACCAGAAAGCCACCCGUUCUCGAACUUCGAAAAAUCAACUCAGGAAGAAGAAUCAUCCUCCACCAAGACGAUGCAAGCUCGCACACAGCCCAAAAAACAAGGCAGUAUUUAACGCAAGAAAACGAGGAAUUAUUGGACCAUCCUCCAUCUAGUUCCGAUCUAAGUCCUAACGAUUUCUUUACUUUCCCGAAAAUUAAAAACAGACUGCGUAGUCAAAGGUUCCAGUUACUAGAAGAAGCGGUUGACGCAUUUAAAAAUGCCGUUUUGGAUCUGCCAACAAACGAGUGGAAU